GUGGGACAGAUCUAACAGAUGGGACAGGUGUAACAGAUGGGACGGAUCUAACAGGUGGAACAGGUCUAACAGAUGGGACAUAUCUAACAGGUGGGACAGAUCUAACAGAUGGGACAGGUGGAACAGGUCUAACUAGUGGGACAUAUCUAACAGGUGGGACAGAUCUAACAGACGGGACAGGUGUAACAGAUGGGACGGAUCUAACAGGUGGAACAGGUCUAACAGAUGGGACAUAUCUAACAGGUGGGACAGAUCUAACAGAUGGGACAGAUCUAAUAGAUGGGACAGAUCUAACAGGUGGAACAGAUCUAACAGAUGGGACAGAUCUAACAGAUGGGACAGGUAAAACAGAUGGGACGGAUCUAACAGGUGGAACAGUCUAA